UAGCCCUGUCGCGGAUUACAGAGCUCUGUGUGUGGACAGACUGCUCCCCGGUGCGACCUGGUCGGCUUAUCGCCGUGUGUACAUCGCGCGGCCGCUUCCUCGCUUAGAAAAACAAAACAAAACAAAAACACAACCUUAAAAGAAAAGUGAUGGGGGAAUGACAACAACCCCCGUCCCCGUCUACGGUUCUCCGUCCCCGAGAAGACCCCAAGGAUGCUGUUGCUCUCCAGCCCGCGGAGCGGACGCCAGCGCCGGGCCUCGCUGCUGGUGCUCGCCGCGGUCCUGCUGUGCGUCGUCCCCGUCAUUGCGAGGCUUCCAGCUGGCGGUAAUUGCCCUCUCCACAUAGACUGUACCAAGGAGAGACGCCACUUCUGCAGGCCCGGCUCCUCCCACUGUGGUCCCUGCCUCUACCCAUUCGAGGAGAACAAGGACGGACGCUGCGUGGCGAGGAAGAGGCCCCAUCAGCAUGGAAAAGUGACAUUCUACCCAGAACUAGAUGAAGAGAUCGAUUACCUUCACUCUGCCAUCGAAAAACAGGAAGUGAUAGAGAUAAAACCACCAGAAAAGCAGUCCAAGCAUCCGGCUGCCAUCACCUCCCAGACAGAUGCUAAAAAAAGCCAGACAGAUGCCUCCAAACACAAACAGCAAAGCCUGGGUCGUCUCUCAAGUGAAGCCCUGCGUGCCACCACCAGAGCCCCGCACCCCGCAGUUUCUGCCCUCCCUAACACACCGACCCCCCAGCCCUGGGCCACUGGAGUCGGGGACCGAGGUGGUCCUAUAGCUGUGCCGGCACCCAGGAAUGACAACAUUAUUGUCAUUGUGAUCUCGCUGUGUGUGGUGGUGGGCAGCGUGGCAGUGAUCCUCGCAACUGUCUGUUACGUCAAGUUUCAGAGAGAAUCACGUCUGACUCAGAAGGUCGACUACCCUGCUUUCAGAGGGGCGGGUGUGCCUGCUGCCACAGUCAACGGUACCCCGAUGGGAGAUAAGACUCUGGCUGAAAGUGCCCAAAUGUAUCACUACCAGCAUCAGAAACAGCAGAUGCUGUCACUGGGAAAUAACAAACCAGAACAGAAAGUCCCUGACACCGAGGUCCCAUCAGAUGAGGAAGACAUGGGAGGAGAUUUCACAGUAUAUGAGUGCCCGGGACUUGCACCAACUGGAGAAAUGGAAGUGAAAAAUCCUCUGUUUGAUGACUCGACUUUACAUUAUCAAGGGAAUCACAAGUGAAUGCUGAACACUUAACACACACACACGCUCACCUACAGACAUACACACAGGCACACAAGCCGUUUCUCUGGAAGAAGCCACUUGGUCUUACACUGCAUGCUUAGAAAUGGAUGAUCCUGGCAGAGGAGAAGGUGAUAAAAAUGAUUAUUUUCUUGGUGGACCUUUACUAUAUUUGCCCAGAGUAUGGAUUUUAAUACUACAAAUGUAUGUUGGGUUCCUUGUUAAUUUAUUUCUGUCACCGUUUUGGAGCAUUACUGUCUUUUAGAAUAAGGUUUUCAGUUUGCUCCUGGAUCAUGUCCCUUUAGGUGUUUUGUCCCGUUUAAAUCUCUGAGUUUAGAUUUUCUCAUCCAUCUUUGUUAUUUUCUCUCAUUUCCUCAGCUAUUUCCAAAGAAUGUGAUACAAUAGCAGACAUGUGUAUGACACAGACACACAUACAUAAGCUGAGAGACAAGUGCCCUCCCUUGUUUUGUCAUGCAUAGCUAGUGGCUGAACCACAUUCCUAACAGAUAGCCAGGAAAUACUUCAAAUCCUAUCUCUGUGAUAACGCUGUAAAAACUCCCAAACACAACACAAGGUUCAGCAUUAACCUGUUACCGUCGCUGUUGCUCAUUUUAUUUCUUGUCAUAUAAGCUGCACAUAAAGAUUUUAAGAUUAUAGAGUAUAAAUAUAUAUGAAAAUGAAGUACUUGAUGAUUUGUUUGCAUGGUUUGACUGUACUGUGUUUGAAUCACUGCAAUGCUUUAAUGAAUUAUUCUCACUCCUGUAUGUAUGCAUCCCGUGGCUGGAGGAGGGAAUGUACAGUAAAAAAAAGGUGAUCUCUGAGCACUCUGACAUUUUUGGAGACAGACUAUACUGGUGGAUGUGUAGGUGGUAAAUAUCACUAUCUUGGAUUGUCCCUCUUUCCUCUCUGUCCUCUUCUGUCCCAAGUUAACUCUGUGCUGCAAAAUGUACAUAAAAAGAGUGAAAGUGUUCACUUUUUAUAGAUAUUUGUACAUGCAGACCAAGGAUUGGAAUUAAAACUUUUUACCACAUGUGAAAA